AUGGAUCGCAUAGUCUUCAGGCUGCGGCAGUUGCCGCCCGACUUUGAUAAGCUAAAGACCGUUAGACUUCUAAGUGAGGCUCUUGGGGUUGAUGCCUCCACAAUUCGAAUAUUCUCCUUAGCAUUCUCCGUCGAUCCAUAUCUACCACAUAAAGUAGCCACUUUAAUGUUUGGUGAUGCCAUUAGAAUUCAACAGGCUCUUGAAGAUGGAAGACGACCAGGAAUUACAAGAUCUGGAGAUGAAUGGGUGGUUAAGAUCGCCAAUCUGAAUGAUAAUUGUAUAUUGGAUUCCCACUUUCGAGGACUGACUGCUUUAUAUGACCCACCAUCGCAUAAGGCUGAUUGUAUUGCAAUAUCAGGGCUCGCGAGUCACCCCUUUGGAUCGUGGCAACCGAAGGGGCAGUCUAAAUCCUUCAUGUGGAUUCGCGAUGCAAUGCCGAAGUCAUUACCAAACGUUCGACCCAUACUAUACGGUUAUGAUUCAACUCUUGCGAAAAGCCAUUCAUUCCAGUCAACAUUUGAUCUUGCGCUAUCACUAAUUAGUCAGCUAAAAGCGAAUGGUUGGGCAUCGCCAACCUGUAAGCCUCUUGCUUUCCUCGCUCACAGCCUUGGGGGAAUCAUUUUAAAGCAAACGCUCGUCUCGCUCGCGGGUAUGGAUCGUCAUGUCGACCCCAUUCUUCAUGUUAUGAAAGGGGCGGCAUUUUUUGGGGUACCUAAUCUGGGUAUGGAACAAUCGCAUCUCGAGGCUGUUGUCAUGGGCCAAGCCAAUUCAGAACUCGUUGAAGCCCUUUCGCCCAAGUCCACAUACCUGUAUCAUCUCGACGAACAGUUUAGUGGAAUCUCAUACUUCCAGAACUAUCUGUUUUAUUGGUGCUAUGAGACUAUGAAGUCACCGACUGUUCUUUUGGGCUCGGAUGGUAAAUGGUCAAGAACCGGUCCUGAAGAGAUCCUGGUCACACCGGAGUCUGCAACUCGUGGAUUACAUGGAGAUGCUAAGCACUGUGACUUGAUAUUUCCAAUCAACAAAGAUCAUUCAAACAUAGUCAAGUUUUCUGAGAAUGAUCAGGACUACUCUGUAUUAGUACGACUGCUAAAACAGAUAUUCUUUUCCAGAGAUUCGACGGGAACAGAAGAACUAGCAUCAAACCACAUGGCAACAAGCUUAGUCCUAAGGCUCCCGGAUCUUACGACAGAUUCAGAGGAGAAAUCGAUCAACGACACCAAAGAUCGCAUUCUGAAGUCACUUCUUGCCCCCGAAACAGAUCGUCGACUCGAGCAAAUUGAAAAAAAGUUUCGGAGCACCUUUAACUGGGUCUAUGAUUUGUCAGAGCCAGGCUUCAAGCGAUGGCUCCAAGAGGAUACCGGACUCUUCUGGAUUAGAGGAAAGCCUGGUUCUGGUAAAUCAACUUUAAUGAAGUUCAUUUUCCAGGAUCAACGCACCUCGGUCCUACUUUCCGACUGGACAGGAGAAUGUUCCUAUAUUCAAGCAGCUUUCUUUUUCCACCAUCGUGGGACUUCACUCCAGAAGUCCUUUGAAGGCCUCCUUAGAAGCAUUUUAUCCCAGAUCAUCUCACAGAAGCCAUCUCUUUGCAAGUUCCUUCAGCCUAUACACAGUGAAGAGGUUUCUGCUUCAGAUAAUUUGUCUUUAAGGGUGCUUCAAAAAGGCCUUAGCGACAUAUUAAGGCAAGAAGAGAUACCACUGUACCUCUGCUUAUUUUUGGAUGCACUAGAUGAGUUUGAUGGACCGUUGGAAUUUUUAUGUCGAUUUCUUGGAGAUUUGGGCGCCAUCACCCCGGGACCAAAUAAACGGAUAAAGAUUUGCUUCUCGAGCCGUCCCUGGGAACUUUUUACAAGUACUUUUCGAAACUGCGCAGGCUUCCAAAUUCAUGACUUCACCAAAGACGAUAUUACGGACUAUUGCUUGGGUUCGAUUAAGGAGGAGAAGAUUUCAUCCGUCGCACUGGAGAGUUUGAUACCAGAUAUCGUAACGCGGUCGAGGGGUGUUUUCCUAUGGGUGAAGCUCUUGAUCAACGACCUCGCCCAUACUAACAAAACCAACAUAAAUAAUAUCGAGAUGAGGAAACUACUCGAAUCCUAUCCUACAGAACUCGAUUCAUUUUACGUCGAAACCAUUCAACGGAUUCCGCGCGCAUAUAGGCGGAAGACUUACGCGAUGCUUGAGAUUGUAGUUCGAUCUAUGGAAUCGCCGGAUCCUAAUCUAUUUAUGGACAUCGUUGACUGCUCAUAUUGUAAAACCUACUCUGAAGCUGAAGCUACGCUCAGGACACGAGAUGAAUUUGCCUUGAACCGCUCAGCCCUCGUAAAGAGCGAAUCGAGAAAAUACUGUGGUGGAUUGAUCGAGGUUUAUCAAACUAGGCACGGUCCCGGUCUCUACAUCCAAGUCCUUCAUCAAACCGUUGAAGACUUCGUGAAAGAUCCCAAAUUUAAACGAUUGGUCUUAGAGGAGCAGUCUAAGAUUACGGUUGAAAACGGUUACACGUUUUUAGCCAAAUAUUGUUUUUUGUCAAUAAUCGCUUACCUCGCGAAUGAAAACCCGCUGAAUAUCAGUGUCGAGCCUCUACUCUUUAAUCCGAGUCAUCCCCCUAACCACCCUAUUAUCGAUUUCGAAAUUUCUUCAUCAUAUGCUUAUCAAUCUGAACGGACUACUGGUCGUAGCCUCAAAGCAUUUAUCGACAGUAUCCCAUGCGAGAAAUUGUCUGGCCUAAAAGAAAUUCAUAGAAAGCCCACUCGUCUUGCCCUUUCUGUGUUGUUUCACUGCCACCUUUAUAUCAUUGAGUCCCUUGCAGAUUCACCUACCCUCUUGCAAAAAUCCAGAGAACCAUUGUUGACCUAUGCCUUCCAAAAUACGUCUGCUACAAACGAUGCGAUGUCUGCUGUAGGAUCUGCCUCCAUGAUUGAAUUCCUUUUGGAAAGAGGAUUCAAAAUAGAUCGAGACCCGGUGGUUUUCUGCCACGCGAUAUCAGAAGCAUCGUCUAGACCUGGGCUAGAGAAUUACGUUGACCUUAUUAAAAUCCUACUCAAAUAUGGCCAAAACCCCGAUGUAAAUCUCGGAAAACGCUGGAGGUCAUACGAACUUGUGGCCUUACAUUUCAGCGGACUCUCGCAAAGACUAUUUGAUAUUCUUCUCAGCCACGGUGCUACAGCAAAUAUCCUGGAUGCUAAGAGAAGGACGCCACUGGACUGCUUGUGUAGAUGGGUGGACGAGUAUAGAUAUCGUGACACCCCAGAGGUCUACCCAGAUAUCUAUAACAAAGUCUGCCUGCUUGUGUCACAUGGCGGAUUCGUAACGAAAAGGGGGGUUGAAUCUUCGAGGCAGCUCUUACGCGAGUUACAAGAUGCUGGGUUCCCUAUUGACGAUUUGCAAGUGGUCUUAUCCAAACCGAGAAAGAUACCCAGAAUUUCGCCUGGGACUCCGUUUAAGAAGAUGAAAAUCUACUUUUCUGGGAGGAAACUAUUAGGUUAG